AUGCGAGAUGACAAGAAGAUGGAAAACGAUGCCAAAAAGCGAGAGCCCGUAGCUGGAAGCGAUGCACCCAAGACAAAAAGGCCCUCACUCGGAUCUAGGCCAUCCUCAGAGUUGCUCGGCGAGGAGCGCUCGCGAAUCUCAGUUAUACACUCCCACGCUACUCCACUACCUGGCCUCGACGACAAUCUACGUUCAUCCUACUCAGAGGAGAAUGAUAACGGCAGGAAGGACAUUCUGCCACAAUCCCUGACGGAAGAAUGGGAAGAAAGGGCUCGCCUAUCACAGGACCAUCCCUCUGCCACUGGAACCGUGGCGAAGAGGGCGACGGAUGUGACAGACGAAGAGACACGCAAGAGGAACAGCGAACUCUCGAUGGCAUAUCAGAGCCUCUACAAUGAAAACCAAUGCCGCCGCCACGAUUCCAUCAGAUCCUCAGUUACCCUAACCGACGGGCCACGACCGCCACCGAUCCCGCGACGGAUAUCAUCUCUACGACGACCUGGCGCCGUACGCAUGAUUCCUAGCGAAGACUCGAUCUCGCCCACGCAAAUCCAAAGCGCGUCCUCCUUCGCCAUAAAGAGAGUUCCGUCACACACCGUCUCAGACUCACGUAUGCUCUCUAGAACAGACGACGUAGAACGAAACGCCUCCUCAUCAGCGCAAUCCGAGUCCGUGUCAAUCGUCUCGUCCAUCUUCGCCCCGCAGCUCCGGCACCUCGCGAGCCAUCCGUCUCUCCAUGGAUCCAUAUCGAGUAGUGAGCCGCGGUGGAUGGGGCAGCAGGGUCUCACGCCUGUCACGGAACAGAGACAUCCUGGCAAGACUGAUGCUCGGAUCAGCCGUUUCACAAGACAAUUUGAGCCGGGUAUUGACGAUGUUGAUGGCGGGGACUACCAGCGCCAAAUGAAGUAUCUCGAUAUGACGAGGGCGGAGAAGCAUGGCGCCGUGAUGUCGCCGUCUGUGAGCGAUCAGGUUGAAGGGGAGCAAUGGGUAGAAGGAUGGCGGCUUGCGGUUCUGGUAGUUGGGAUUUGUCUCGCGGUGUUGUCCAUCUCGGCAGAUCGAACUCUUCUCACAACCGCCAUACCGCAGAUCACAUCAGAUUUUCAAUCCACCGCAGACAUUGGCUGGUACGGCUCAGCUCAGCUCCUCACGAUCUGCGCCUUCCAGCCUGUAUUUGGCAGAGUCUUUUCGCUUUUCUCCGUGAAAUGGGCAUACGUCCUAGCCAUAGUCAUGUUCCUUGCUGGAUCGCUCAUCUGUGGCCUCGCCCCCGACUCUCUUGCGCUCAUCGUUGGCCGUGCCGUGGCUGGCUUUGGAAGCGCUGGGGUCCUCACUGGGAGUUUUGUUAUUAUCGCAACGGCGGUCCCCGUGAGAGUGCGGCCGGUUUGUACGGCCAUCGUCGGAUUGAUCUUCGGCCUCGGCGCCACGGUCGGUCCUCUGCUCGGAGGUACCUUCACUGACCUUGUCACGUGGCGAUGGUGUUUCUUCAUCAACCUCCCCAUCGCAGGCUUCACCCUCAUCGUCUUUCUCUUUUUCUUCCACCCUCGGCAGAAACCGCAACCCCAAAAAACCUUCCUCAACAAGAUUCUUGACCUAGACCUGAUAGGCAACGUACUCCUCCUCGGAGCCUGCGUAAUGCUCUUCCUAGCCCUCCAGUACAUCACCCAAGGUGAAGCCUUGUCAAGCACAAAAAUCAUCGGCCUCCUCUCAGGCACCGGCGCAACGGCCAUCGUCUUCGCGGCAUGGCAGUGGUGGAAACAGGACGGCGCGCUCUUCCCACCAGCCAUCAUCACCCAACGAACUGUAGCCGCCUCCUGCGUCGCAGCCUUCGCCACGUACGGGGCUCUCCUCAUCCACCUCUACUUCCUCCCAAUCUGGUUCCAAGCGGUCCGCGGCGAGGGGGCCGUAUCCUCCGGCGUGGACAUGCUCCCCUACGUCGCGGCGAUAGCCCUCUUCUCCCUCCUGGCAGGCAUCUUCGUCUCCGUCGUGGGUCACCCCCCAGCCCCGGCCAUAAUCGGAGGCAUGAUCGCGACAGCCGGGUGCGGCAAGCUCCUUGCGCUCUCGUCCGACACGCCGACGCCGCACUGGAUCGGGUUCGAGAUUCUCGUGGCGGCGGGUUUCGGGAUGGCGAUUCAGCAGGUAUUCACCGCCGUGCAGGCCGUCCUGCCGCCGGAUGAGGUGGCCGUCGGGACGGCGGCGGUCGUGGCGUCGCAGGCGCUGGGCGGAGCCGUUUUUGUGUCUAUCGGGAAUGCGCUGUUUCAGAAUCACUUGCUGCGGGCUUCGGCUCCCGGGGUAGAUAUCCCGGCAGUGGUCGGGGCCGGGGUGACGGCGUUCCGGAUGGUUGUGCCGGCUGAGACGCUUCCGAUAAUGGUUUCCGUGUACAAUGAUGCUCUUCGCGUGGUGCUCACUGCUGCGAUUCCGUUGGCUGCCGUUUCGACCAUUGCGGCUUGUUUUAUGGAAUGGAAAUCUGUAAACAGAAUGAGAGGUGCAUGA